AUGUAUAGAUUCACUGAAAGACGACGACAAGAGGACGUUCCAGGUGGUGAUACGGUGUUAUAUGACGUUGAUGACGUCACCAACUAUCGUCUGCCUACAUUUGGAAACACUUUUGAACAAUCGAAAAGUAUUUACAAUCAUUUGCCGGACCUGAAACUAAGAGACGAUGACAUUUUCCUCAACUCCUUCCCAAAAACAGGAGCUAACUGGCUAUGGGAGAUGAUGAACGUAAUUCUCAAUAGACUUGAUGACAUCACAGGGGAUGUCAAGGACGCCAAAAGAAAACGCCUGAAAUGUAUUUUUGUGGUUAGGAACCCAAAAGAUGUGGCGGUCUCUUUUUACAACCAUACUGUUAACCUCUGCAUGUACGACUAUAAGGGAAAGUUCGAGAACUAUCUGCAGAUGUUUAUGAGAGGCGAAACGGACUAUGGGUCAUAUCCACAGUAUCUUCUUGAAUGGCAACAGUUUAUAACUGAAAACCCCGACUGGCCAAUCCAUAUCAUGUACUACGAAAACAUGAAAGCGGACUGUUUUGGAGAACUAAAGAAACUGUUUAAGUUUCUCGAACAAGACGUAAGUGACGAUGACAUAGCUGAUGUGGUCAAGAAGUGUGAUUUCAACAGAAUGAGAAAGAUGAAAGGAACUCUUUUCACCGCCGACCAACAAGAAAUAUUUAAAGGAGUUUACAGAACAGGAUUUACAGAUAUUAUGCGUAAAGGAGAGAUUGGAGACUGGAAGAACUGGUUCACGGUCGCCCAGAAUGAACUGUUUGAUGCUUGGUGGGCUGAUCAGACUAAAGACCUGAACAUGUUUUCAUUCACGUAUGAGUAG